AUGUCAUACAAAGAAUUCCACAUCACCGAACAACCCGGAUGUCACCAUUACUACGUAGCAACCACAGACAUCACCGGCGACACACAAGACUUCUUCCUCGAGAACUCACCCUUUGACAAAUCCCAGCCCGAUCUGCGCAUGCACCUAGGCCCCGAUACAACGGGCGCCAUCAUCGGCGAAUCACGAUACAAACGCUUCUCGCAGAAUUGCCAAAUCUCGCUCAUCGAGAACGACCUCAUAUACACCCACAGUCUAGAUAACAACGGGGUGAAAGUUACACUGUCCAAGAAAGGAUAUUUAUCACCCAGCUAUGCAUUCCAAACGAGCCUACACGGCGAAAUGGGGCGAUUUACAUGGAAGAAGACGCACUCCUUGGGGAAGCACGCUACGCCACUGGGGAAUCUUAAGUUAGUCAAUGAGUCGAGUGAUGAGCCUUUGGCGGUGUUUUCGUCGGAUUCGUAUUCGUUGGUUCCUGGGUGUGUUGAGAUGUGUGGGGAGUUUGGGGAGGAGUUUGAUCAACUAGCUCUGUUAACGGGGGUGUCGGUUCGGGAGAAGCAACGUCGGUCACAGAGUAGGCAGAUGAGGCAUGGGAGGGAUUAUGCGUAUACAUCGGGGUUUGGGUUAGGAAUGGGAAUGGGUGCUGGUGGUGGCGGUGGAGGUUGUUGA